AUGAGCAUGGCAACUGCCAACCCUACUGCUGGUGGACCAGUAGGAGGCGGCAUGAUGAUGAUGAGCAAUGGCAGUCCAGCCAUGGGAGCGGUUACGGGCCUAGAUCAAUUAAAAACGUCGUUAAACCUCUACAUAUACGACUAUCUCCUCAAGAAUGGACAUUACGAUAUUGCCCGCAGUGCAUCUCAGGACAGUCGAUUCGAUUUCCCCACUGGUCCUAAAGCAAGUCCAGGACGUCGCAAGGACAACGACAUGAAUGGAGAUAUAGGGGAUGGCAUGGGCAUGGACAUGAACCCUAAAGACGACGCUCCAGACGAUCUGCCUCGGCCAAAGGGUUGGGAUGGAACUACACCUCACGGUUUUCUUUUUGAAUGGUUCAGUAUUUUCAACGACCUCUUUCAAGCUCAUAGAAAUCAAGCAGGCGCAAAGAAUGCCGCAACACAAUACUUAUCACAUGAAAAGAGUAACCAGCGAUUGAGAGAGAGUCUCCAGAACCAGAACAUAAACCGGCCGGCCAUGAACCCAGCGAUGUUGCAACAGAUGCGAGCAGGAAUGAUGAACGGCAAAAUGCAAAACCAAAUGACACCACAAGCAGCUCAGAUGUUGCAACACCAAAAGCGACAACAAAUGCAGAUGCAGCAGCAGAUGGCGCGUGCUGAGCAGGGUGAUGGCGAAAUGAAUGGCGUUCGACCAGGAACACCUGCCGAUGGUGACGCUACUGGAUCCCCCUCCAAAAGGCCACGCAUAGACAAUGGCCAAGCCUUCCCGCAAGGCAUGAUGCCCAAUGGACGUCCUGCUGGUGUGCCUGGUGGCCCGAACCAGGGCAUGAUGAUACAGUCAGGCUUCCAACCUGGUAUAGGCCAGCAGUUUCGACAGAAUGGAACCAUGCCUCCAAAAGGAAUGCAGGCUGGGAUGCCCAAUGGCAUGAUGACUAUGGCCAAUGCUGGCUCACCCAUGAUGGGAGCUGGCAUGAACCAAUUCGCUGACGGCAUGCAAAUGGAUAUGUACAAUCGUCAGAACAUGCCUGGUGGUCAGCCAAUGCAGACAGGUGGUGGUGCGCAGAGUGGCAAUCAUGCUCUACAGGAUUAUCAGAUGCAACUCAUGCUACUCGAGCAGCAGAAUAAGAAACGGCUGAUGAUGGCAAGGCAAGAACAGCACGAGAACAACCCCGGCGCAACAGGUAUGCCAGGAAUCAAUAUGCCCUCAGGCAUGUCACCGUCUGGCAGUCGAACUGGCAAUUCUCCUAAUCCAGCUGAUAUGGCUGGCCGAUCUCCAGCCGCAAUGAGCGCCUUCAAUAUGCAAGGUAACGACUUUAAUGCAGGCAUGUUCAUGAACAAAGAUCAACCUAUGAUGGGUGUUGGCCCUCAAGGUAUGCGACCUCCGACUUCGAAUAUGCAGCAGGGUGGUCGACCAACCCAGUUUCAAGGUGGUCAGCCCAUGCAGCAACAAGGAUCUCAAACUGGUCAACAAAUGGGCACGCCUGGACAGCGCAACGACAUGCCACCCCCUCAGGCACCUGCUGGCGGCAACAGUGCUCAAAGAAAUUCGGGCAACUCACCACCGACCCAGAACCAACCUCCCACACCCUCACAAACCAGUAAACCUAAUCCCAAGAACAAGAAAAAUGCGGCCAAGGAUGACAAUAAGAAACAGCGACCGACCAAGAAGGGUUCAAUGGCCACCACACAAGGUUCAGAUGACAACCCUCCAGCUACGCCGACGCCUUCGACACCAAUUACCCCGAACAAUCCUGGAAUGAAUGCUGCCGCCAAGGCACAGCCUGGAAUGCAACCAUCAAACCAAGGUCAGCAAAACAACCUAAUGAACCAGCAGAUGCAGCAGAACGACAUGAACAAUUUUAACUUUGGAACCGACUCUACCAGUACUGGGACAGAACCUUUCAACCUGGAUUUCAGCACACUAGAAAAUGCCGAAGUGCUGGAAAAUUUUGACUUCGAUAGCUUUUUGAAUACAUCUGCCGACGAUACCUUCAACUUCACUAACGACAUUGAGCUUAGUGGGGAUUUCGGCAUGGGACAGGGAGAUUAG